AUGGUGCUCAAUAUGGGUUUGAACCUGGAAGUGGCCCGGAAUUAUCAGAAGGACAUGGAAUUUGUUCAGGUGGAUGAAUUAGAAGCUCCAGCUCCAGAGGAGUUUGAUGAUGCCAAUCAGGCCAUCAAUUUUGAGGAUCUGGUCAACAACCCUGCAAAGCUGCUAGAAUGGAUUAGAAAGAAAAAAUUAGAGUCACGUGAGAUUGAGGGUCAGAUGAGGAAGAAAUUCGUUAAGGUACUUGAAAAGCUUCCUAUUGCAAUUCCUGAUGAUGAGCCCAAGAUUCAUGAUGCCCAGAAAAGAAAAGCUGAUGCUUCUUUGAUGCUGGAAGACAAAAAGAGAGCGAAAAAAAGACAGAAACCAAUGAAGAAGAAGAAGAAGAAGGUGAUCAAUAAUAAUUCAGUGAAUCGACCAGUUGCACCCAGGCAUGCACCUGCAGUACCAGCAACAAUGCCUAGAGAGCUUCUCAAUGCAAUAAUCAAUGAAUAUGGAGGUGACAAUGUGGUGUGGGUGAUAGAGAAGACACUAACAGCUACUGAUGUGAGUGGGGGUCAUAACCGUCUAUCCAUACCAGAAAACCAAGUAAAGUUGGAAGAGUUCUUAAAUGAUGCAGAGAUAAGGCAAGCUUCAAAUAAGGAGGAGAUACCUGUAGAUGUAUUGGUUUUGGUAAUGGGAGCCGAAAAGCCUGAGUUGUGGAACUUGAACUUCAAAAAAUGGGUGAUGAACAGAAGCAGCAUCUACGUAUUAAUCAAAAACUGGAGCAAGUUGGUGGUGAACAAACAUUUACAUAAUGGUGAUACAGUCCAAAUCUGGUCCUACAGAGCUUCACAAAAUGGAGGAGGAGGAGGAGGAGGGAAGAAGCUCUGUUUUGCAAUUAAUGUUCUUCAGUAA